AAAAGAAAUUAAAAAGGAUGAGGAGGAGGCAGCAGUGCCGGGAAUAAAAGGAAUUAUUUCUACUAUUACCAAAGAACAUGGCGAAGGAGUUAUUACUACGUUGGAGGAAAGCAAAGAACACGAAAAAGAAAUUCUCUCGACGGGAAGUGGUUAUGUAAUGGGAAAAAUAAUAGAAAUUUAUGGAUUAGAGUCCAGCGGUAAAAGCACUUUGGCUUUACACGCAGUUGCCGAAUGCCAAAAAUUGGGAAAAGUGGCAGUUUACAUUGAUUUAGAAAACGGAUUGGAUAGACAAUAUGCCGUUAAUCUUGGAAUAAAGAGUGAAGAAUUAGUAAUUGUUUCUCCUCGCGGGGGCGAAGAGGCUUUUGCCAUAAUGAGUGAAUUAAUUUCCCAAGGUGUUGGCUUAAUUGUGGUGGAUUCAGUCUCUAAUUUAAUCCCUCGUUCUCAGUUAGAAUCUAAUUUAGAAAAACAUAGAAUUGGCUCUCAUUCCUUAUUAAUUGAAUUAACACAUAAAAAAACGAUUAUCAUUUUCAUUAAUCAAAUCCGCAACAAAAUUUCCCCUAAUUACUUACCCGGUAAUCCAACUACGACUACGGGAGGAAUGGCUUUGCGAUUUGAUGCGGACUUGCGAAUUUACUUGAAAAAAGGCGACGAAAUUAAAAGAAAUAAUGUCGUAGUUGGUGUGGAAAUAGGAGCCAAAAUAGUCAAGAACAAACUAGCCGCUCCGGGAGCAACAACCAAUUUAGAACUAAUUUUCUCGUGCGGUGUGCAAAAAGAGCGAGAAAUAAUUGAUUUGGCAACCGAAAAAAACUUGUUUGAAAAAAGCGGAAACGGCAAAGAAAAUGUUUUGACUUACUUACAGAAAAAUCCCGAAAUAUACCAAGAAGUUAAGGAAGAAAAUAUUCUCUAUGAUCUAGUUAUUAUUGGUGCGGGUCCGGCUGGCUUAACAGCAGCGAUUUAUGCUAAAAGAGCUUUGCUAAAAAUUUUGCUCCUGGAAAAAUCCUUGGCCGGGGGUAAAUUAAACAAAACAGCCGAAAUUGAAAAUUAUCCCGGUUUUAUUUCUGUUCGGGGGCCAGAAUUAGCCGAGAAAUUUAUAGUCAAUUUAACAAAGAUAAAAAACAUUUUUCUCGUGCGAACUAGAAAAAGGAAUUUUAUGACUAAAACAGUGAUUAUUGCUUCGGGAACUAUUGAAAAUGAAUUAGGUGUGCCGGGGGAAAAAGAGUUUACUAACCAAGGGGUUUCUUAUUGUGCUAUUUGUGAUGUAAUAGGUGGAGGUUACUCAGCGUUGGAAGCGGCUUUGUAUUUAAGUAAUCUGGCGAGUAAAGUUUAUCUUAUUCAUCGUCGAGACAGUUUUCGUGCAGAAAGAGAAAUUGUAGAGCAAGUCAAGAAAAAUCCUAAAAUAAUCCUAAUUAUUAACAGUAUAGUAAAGGAAAUUUGCGGUCAAGUCAAAGUAGAGAAACUAAUUAUUCAUCGUCUUGACAAUAACAGGGAGAGCGAAUUACCAGUUGAGGCUGUUUUUCCCCAAAUUGGACUCUCGCCGCUUAGUGGUUUUACUCACCAAUUAGGAGUUUGUGACCCCCAGAGUUAUAUCAAAAUUAAGGAAGAUUGUUCCACUGAAAUAAUUGGUUUGUUUGCGGCUGGGGACGUGGCUCGUAGCCAUCCAGAAAAAAUUAAGCAAAUUGUCACGGCGGCGGCCGAAGGAGCGGUGGCUGCCCAAGCCGUGAUUAAAUAUUUAGAAAAAGAGAAUUCUUAA